AUGUCAUUAUUACUAGUAGAAUUGCCAUUAGACGAAGUCAUAGGAUUGGACUUCGGAUUUUUCAGGGCAAAUAAUUCAAUUUGCGCGGUGGUAGAGCUUAGUACUGGUCCACACUACUUAUAUUUGACACGUGACGAGGUUAGAUAUGGGCAUUUUGUGUAUAUAACAGAGGGACAAAUUGUGGUUCUGCAAGCAAGUAAGAAAUUAGGAGUAGCGUUUGAACAAUGCGCCGAUGAAGAAAGGUAUGUGUUUGGAUUUAAACGCGGAGAUUUCAACAGCUAUAUGGGCAGACUGAGCAGUGAAAUUGUUAGACCAUGGAAGGCUUUGACGGAGUUUAUUAACAAGGAGACUAUUGAUCGGUUACAACCCUUAGACCAUGGGACAAUAGCUAGUUCUACAGCACCAAACAAUUAUACUAAAGAGAGUAACAAAACAUCAAAAAUCAAUGCAAAAAAAUCACUGGAUGAAUACAUGGCAAGUAGAAUAACAACAAAUAACAUCUCUUCCUACGUAAAUCCUAAUGAUCACUCUAUUGAAGGAUACAAAUUGGCCGCUACACAAUGUGACACUGGGAAUAGUGCUAAAGUUGAAAACGACACUGAAAAUGGCAGUAAGGUUGUGGAAAAUUUCGAUGGGGGUGUGAUAUAUUUUACCCAAAUACCUAGUUACCGAUAUGGGAUAAAGCAGAAUCAUGGCAGCAAUGUCACUAACAUUGGGAUGGAUAAAACGUGGGCUUUGGAUUGCAUGAUUAAGGAAUUUGAGUUGGUGGAUGGGAUGAAGAAUAAAUGUGGCUUUAAGAUGGCGGAAUAUAUGGAUAGACCUUAUAUGUACAUUAUCGCUGAAUUGCAAUUUGCGUUUGUAUGCUUGCUCAUGGGACACUCGUAUGAAGCCUUGAAUCAGUGGAAAGAGUUGUUUAAAUUACUUUGUAGUUGUGAUUCCGGCAUCACUAUUUAUCCUGAGGCAUUCAUCGCAUUUGGCAAAUGCGCCUACUACCAAAUGGCGCAACUACCGGGGAAAGAAGACUUGGAAAUGGAUAACUUCCUAAUUGAAUGUAUGACAAACUUCAAGGAUAUAAUCAAGUCCACAGAUUGCGUUGAUAUACGGCUGUUGAAGACAAUGAGUAACCUAGAAAAAAUGAUAAAAAUGAAGUUUGGUAUUGAGCUAGAAGAGUUUUGUGAAGAUGGGCCAGUUGUUGUGGAAAUUUGA